AUACGAUAAAUACAAACUAAAAUCAUAUUGAAGCUACCAGAAAUAAUAGACAACUUUGGCUUCAACAAGCUUCCAAACGCUAUCGUACAACAGCAGUUACCAUACCCAGAAAAAUGAGACUCAAAUCUCUCACGAUUCUCCUCAUAAUCCUCCCAAUUCUGAUGGAUUCCAUCCAACUCUCCACCGCGUUGGGUGGCAGGACGGGCGGCCUUGCUGGCGGUUGGCGUCCAAUCGAGAACCUUAAUGAUCUGAAGGUGCAAAAAAUCGCGAAAUACGCGGUGCAGGAGCAUAACAAGCAGGCCAAAUCAAAAUUGCAAUUUCUACGUGUGGUCAAGGGAGAAACCCAAGUUGUUGCUGGUACCAAUUACAAGCUGGUUAUCUCUGCCAAGGAUGGGGCGGUGCCGCACAAUUAUGAGGCGGUUGUUUGGGAGAAGCCAUGGGAGAAAUUCAGGAAACUCACUUCCUUCGAAGAAUUGAAAGGUUAAUUAAUUAAUUAAUUAAUUUAAAAUAAUGGCUAUGUGUAAGGAUCUUAUGUAAUGCUUUAUGGCAGUAAGUUUCAAUUAUAAUUUUGAUCUACCGAUGAUUAAUGUGAUGUGUAAUUGGAUUUGUGGAUCUCUUAAUGCAUUAAAAGGAGUUUUUAAAAUCAUCAAUUAACAGUCAUCAGUAGUAUAAUCAUUGAAGUUCCAUGGUU